AUGACAUCUGUCCCCCUCCCAGGUGACCGGCUCCUGCAGGUGGACGGAGUGAGUCUGUGUGGCCUCACCCACAAGCAGGCUGUGCAGUGCCUCAAGGGUUCCGGGCAGGUUGCAAGACUGGUCUUAGAGAGAAGAGGCCCCAGGACCACACAGCAGUGUCCUUCUGUUAAUGGCAGGAUGGCAGACAGAUGCACGGCUGUUUCCUUGGCAACAGCCUUGCCCGACAGGCCUGUGAGCUGUGUCUCAGCGACAGAUGGUCCUAAGUUUGAAGUCACUCUGAAAAAGAAUGCCAGUGGCUUGGGAUUCAGCUUCAUGCAGAUGGAGAGAGAGAGCUGCAGCCAUCUCAAGAAUGAUCUGGUGAGAAUUAAGAGGCUUUUCCCAGGGCAGCCGGCUGAGGAGAACGGGGCCAUUGCAGUUGGUGACAUUAUCCUGGCGGUGAAUGGAAGGCCCACAGAAGGUCUCGUCUUCCAGGAGGUGCUCCAUUUACUGCGAGGGGCGUCACAGGAAGUCACGCUCCUACUUUGCCGACCCCCUCCAGGUGCACUGCCUGAGAUAGACCAGGGAUGGCAGACACCCGUGCUUUCAGCAGACAAAGAAUUCACCAGGGCAACUUGCACUGACUCUGAGCAGAGCCCGAGUCUGGAUCAAGAGGACAGCCGGAGGGACAGUGCCUCCCCAGACACAGGGGAAAGCUUGGGUCCCGGGCCCGAGUCUUUCCAAAAGGCCACUGGCAAGGCACAAUGGGACCAGGACAUAGAGAGACCCUGGGCCACUUCCUCGAUGCGUCCUCAGGAUUCCCCCCCUCAUUUAUGCAGACUUCAGCAAGAAAUGGAUGCAUCCACAUUGGCCACCUCUUUGGAAAGGGAUAUGAGGCAAAACUGCUAUUCGGUUUGCGAUAUCAGGGGACUUGAAAGAUUUUCCUACUCACCCUCUCUAACCAGGCUUUCGACAGAUAUUUUCUGA